UGGGGCCCCCGGGCAAUAGGGGAUCAUUGGGCCCCUGUGUCUUUGCCCAAACUCAAAAAAGCCUUUGAAAAAGGUACCAGGGGCAUCUCAUGGGGCCCCCUACUGACCCCGGGCCCUCGGGCAGUGCCCGAGUUUCCAAAUAGUCAGUCCGCCCCUGGGCUAGGGUUAGUAAUAGUGCUUCCUAAUACUGAGUUUUGUCACAACUGUGAUAUUCAGUUUUUUUUUUUUUUGGUAUUGUAAUUAAUGUGGGAGAAGGAUAUUUCACUAAUAUGUUUUAGGUUGCCCAGCACUAUUACUGGGGGUUUCCACCAUUAUUGUGAUAUUCAAUUUCA